UGUCUUUGUCAUUAAAAUCCAGUUUGCCAUCGUAGGUUCCAAAGCAGAACACAGUUGGAUUUGUUUGUGCUAUAAUCGCGUCUCCAUUUCGGAACAAAUAUUCGUCACUACCGUUGGCGUAUAUCUAGGAAUCGAAAUUAUUAGUAAAAUGCCUUCGUUUACGGUGAAUGUAAAGUGGGGAAAGGAAAGUUUUAAAGAUGUGGAAGUCAACACGGACGAAGAACCGAUGCUGUUCAAGGCACAACUGUAUGCGCUGACCGGUGUACAGCCGGAUCGACAGAAGGUGCUUUGUAAAGGAAUUAGUCUGAAGGAUGACGAAUGGAACAUGCCGAUUAAGACAGGUGCCACGCUGCUGUUACUCGGUACGAGGGAAGAAGUUCCCCAGGAACCAGUGGAAAAACCGAAAUUUAUUGAAGACAUGAACGAAAAUGAAAUAGCGACAGCUUUCGAUACUCCGGCUGGUUUGGUGAAUCUGGGCAAUACGUGCUACAUGAACGCGACGCUCCAAUGUCUACGGUCGGUGCGUGAACUGCGUGAAGCAUUGAAGGAUUAUAAGGAAGAUUCCAGCGGUGCAUCUGGACUGGCCGGGUUGGCUUCCCCGCAUGCCAUCACCAUGUCAAUGAAGAGCUUGUUCGAGGAUAUGGAACGUAGAAAUGAUUCGAUCACACCGGUACUGUUCCUGCAACGGUUUCAUGCUGCAUUUCCGAGCUUUUCGCAAACCGGUGAGAAUGGGACGUACCGCCAGCAGGACGCAAACGAGUACUGGUCCGAACUGCUGAAGAUGCUGCAGCAGAAGCUACCGGCACAGAAACUUACGACCGAGCAGGGUGUAAAACACAGCUCAUUCAUCGAUCAAUGGUUCGGUGGUACGUUUGACGUGCAAAUGAAGUGUACCGAGGCCGAAGAUGAGCCCGUUAGCAAAUCGAAAGAAAACUUCCUGCAACUAAGCUGUUUCAUUUCCACCGAGGUGAAGUACAUGCACUCGGGAUUGCGAUUGAGACUUAAAGAACAAUUAACCAAAAUGUCCCCAUCGCUCGGUCGUGAUGCUGUCUAUUCCAGAACGUCGCUCAUUAGUCGUUUGCCGGCCUAUCUGACGGUGCAGUUCGUACGAUUUCAGUACAAGGGCAAGGAGGGCAUCAACGCGAAGGUACUGAAGGACAUCAAGUUCCCGAUCGAGUUCGAUGCGUACGAACUUUGCACUCCGGAACUGCAGGAAAAGCUGGCCCCGGUGCGUGCCAAAUUCAACGAGGUAUCGAACGCAGAAGUCGAACGUACCCUAAAAGGCAAGAACAAAUCCAAGGCCGAACUAGAAAAGGAAAAGCCCAAAACAAUUCCCCAACCGUACUGCUUUGAAGAUGAUCUCGGUAGUAACAACAGCGGAUACUAUACAUUGCAGGCUGUGCUAACGCAUCAAGGACGAUCGAGCUCGUCCGGACAUUACGUGGGGUGGGUGCGGCAUAAGGACGAUCAGUGGAUCAUGUUCAACGAUGAUCACGUGUCCCCGGUGGACCAGGAAUCAAUCCUAAAGCUGUCCGGCGGUGGCGACUGGCACUGUGCCUAUGUGCUGCUGUAUGGCCCAAAGGUGCUGGAGCUUCCGGUGGAAAUGGCGGACAAAGAGGCAGGUGGCGAUCAACAGCAGCAAGGGACGGCUACUACGGGCGAAAACAUGACCGUUGACUAA